AUGGCCGCUCUUGUUGACUUCGUUAAGAACUUCAAGCCUAUAGACACAACGAUCAAGGCAUUGUUUGAUGCCGACCCUCAGAGGUUUCAAAAAUACAGUCGGCAGCUAGAGUUCCCCGAAGGGAAAUUAUUGGUGGAUUACUCGAAAAAUUACGUUGAUGAGCCAACAAUGAAGAAGCUGAUUGAACUUGCCAAGGCCUCACAUGUGGAGGAGUUGCGUGAUGCUAUGUUUCGGGGAGAGAAGAUUAAUUUUACGGAGAAUAGGGCUGUAUUACAUGUAGCACUUCGAAACAGGUCGAACUCUCCCAUUCUCGUUGAUGGUCAAGAUGUUAUGCCUGAAGUAAACAGGGUGCUUAAGCAUAUGCGCGAAUUUACCGAUGGUGUACUUGUUGGCAAACUGAGAGGAUUCACAGGAAAAACGUUUACAGAUAUCGUAAACAUUGGCAUUGGCGGAUCUGAUCUGGGCCCUGUUAUGGCAACGAAUUGUCUGAAACCUUAUGCCACCAAAUUGAAAGUUCAUUUUGUAUCCAACAUUGAUGGGACGCAUAUCGCCGAGACCCUCAAACACGUCCGGCCUGAAACGACUCUUUUCAUAAUCGCUUCUAAGACCUUCACCACUGCUGAGACCAUGACGAAUGCCCAAUUCGCUAAAGAGUGGUUAUUGGAGCAAAUGAAAGAUCCUAAGGCCGUGGCCAACCACUUCGUCGCUUUGUCAACAAAUAUCAAGGCUGUAAAAGCCUUUGGCAUCAGUGAGGCGAAUAUGUUUGAAUUCUGGGAUUGGGUUGGCGGCCGCUACUCUUUGUGGUCUGCGAUUGGAUUGUCUAUUGCGCUUUAUAUCGGUAUGGACAACUUUGAGCGCCUCCUUGCCGGUGCACACGCCAUGGACAAGCACUUCAAGGAAGCUCCUAUUGAGAAAAACGUGCCGAUGAUCUUGGCCCUGCUGGGUGUGAUGUACAUCAACUGUUACAAUGCAGAGACUCAGGCUAUACUGCCCUAUGAUCAAUAUAUGAAUCGCUUCCCGGCCUAUUUUCAACAGGGCGACAUGGAAUCGAACGGCAAGUACGUGACUCGUGAUGGUGUCACCGUCUCUUACCAUACCGGCCCCAUUGUUUGGGGCGAGCCAGGCACCAAUGGACAGCACGCUUUUUACCAACUCAUUCACCAGGGCACUCUCCUCAUUCCUUGUGAUUUCCUUGUUCCUGUCCGAUCUCACAACCCUAUCAAGAAUGGAGAGUUUCACGAGAUUUUGCUCUCAAACUUCUUGGCCCAGACGGAGGCUCUGAUGUUAGGCAAAACCCCUGAGACGGCGCGGAAGGAAUUGGAAGCCCAGGGUCUGUCUGGUGACAAGUUGGAAAUGCUGGUAAAACACAAAACUUUCCGUGGUAACAAACCAACCAACUCCAUUAUCUUUACUGAGCUGAAUCCCUUCAUGCUGGGCGUCAUCAUCGCGAUGUACGAACACAAAAUCUUCACACAGGGCGCUAUUUGGAAUAUCAACUCUUACGAUCAGUGGGGCGUUGAGUUAGGCAAGGAGUUGGCUAAGAAGCUGCAGCCUGAAAUUCAUUCGGAAGAUGUAGUAACCUCCCAUGACGGGUCAACCAACGGCUUGAUUGCUUUCAUCAAGCACAACAGGAAAGACCAUUAG